GCGGCCCCGCAGUACACGCUAUCCCGUCGGCCGGCCAACAAAUCGGCUGCUGUACGGGUGCUGCUCGGGCUGCCGCCGCUGCUGCUGCUACUGGGCCGCCGCUACUGCCGCUGGUACACAUGUCACCGCCGCCGUUGUCGUAGCGCCGUGACCGACUCACGCACAACACGGUGCACCACUCGCGACGCCCUACGACGCGCACGCACACGUCACAAGCGGCGGUGCAGGUCCGCGGACGGGUGUGAGAGACGGUGACGGCGGUGAAAACGACUCCACCACCGCCACCACCACCGCCAUCACCACUAUCGUCGUGACGACGACGACCGGCACCGCUACCGCACACCACCGCCGUCGUGACCACCGUCAACGCGGCGACCGUCAUCGGAGGUGGUGCGAUGUGAUGGGUACCGCCGCCGUCGACCGCGACCUCGGACAAACGUCACGCCGCCGAGUGGCCGGGGCCCUGAUAUAACCGCGUGGCUCGAGGAUACUAUGGAGUGAUGGCGAGGGAAGAAUCUCGAGGAAAAAGACCAUUUAAAAUAUGGGAUGGUUUUAGAAACAUAAGGAAAAGCUUAUUGGCCUCCAGCUUAAAAGACUUAGAGAUACGUGGCAAGGAGAAACUGAAUAUUGCGCCGAAUGAGUCUGUUAGAUUGGUACUCGAAACUGACGGCACACAAAUCGAAGAUCCCGAAUACUUCAAAACACUGCCAAACAAUACUACUGUGUUAUUGCUCAGGAAUGACGAGUACUGGUACCCAGCUGAAGUUGAUGCUAUUAAAACAGCGAUUGCCGCAAUCCCAAAAAUCGUUUGCGAAACAAUUCAUGCAUUGGAAUUGCAAGACGAGACACCAUCGUGGAAAAUAAUGGACAACAAAGGCCGAGUCACGGUCGUGUUGCACUGGGACCAUCGUAGUCAAACCUACCGUGGUUCUAGUAACAGCGGUGGUAUGGACACGUCGCCGUCCAAGAAAACGAUGUCGCACCAACAAAAUGGUGUCGGCGGUAGUCUACUGAUGGAGAACAACAACAACAAUAUCGGUCCGCUAAAGAGGGAACCUAACCAAGUGUUUCAACAACAGCAACAGCCCGUGCCGAACGUUUAUCGACACGGUUCCACGCCUCAGAUCACGGUCAUCCAUCACGACGCCAUACCGCCGUCAAUGCACGACGGUUCGAGUCAGCCGCAGCACUAUCAGCAGCAUCAGCCGCAGGGGCGCAGGCUGUCCAAGCAGGGCAGCAGUUCCAUGGACGCGGCGGCCAUACACGUGCACACUUCCGAGUGCGCGCAAUUCAUACCGCCGCCGCCGUCGCAUCACCACUCGGCCGGCGGCAGCGGGUCGUCGCGGUCGAACAGCCCGUCCCGCGGACAGCUGCAGGCCGCCGACCACCGGAUGCUGCCGCCGCCGAUGAUGCACCAGUCGUCCGCGGCCGCCGCCGACCAUCACGGGUUCGAGUGCGACUUUCACUGUUGCGCGCUUCACGAGGAGGGCCGCCGGAUCGCCGUGCACAACAAGUCGGUGGCCACGUCCCCGAUCCAGGAGUGCCACCACGCGCCGCCGCCGCCGCUGCCGCAGCAGCAGCCGCAGCCGCAGCCGCCGUCGGUUGGCCAGCCCGUUUCGUCCUCGCUGUCGGACGGCACGCGCCGCGCGUCGCCCAAGGGCCACGUCCGGUUCCUGGACGCCGCCGGGUCGCCGCCGAUGAUGCCUCCGCCGCCACUGCUUCCGCCGUCACCGCCCGCGUCGCCCACCCGCCGCCAGCAACCGCCCUCGCAGCCGCAGCCGCCGCUGCCGCCGCCGCUGCAACACCGGUCCGACAGCUCCGAUUCCGAGACCGAGACCACCGUCAUCGAGGACGAUUCGAUGACCAGCGAGAAGUUCCUGUUGCUCAUCGACCAGCUGGUCGACAAGCAGGACCGGCACCUGACCGUCAAGGACAUCGGCAUCAUACUGGAACGGCUCAACUCGAAAAUCGUGGACGUCGAGCGGUUGGACCGCGACUACGAGGCCACCGACUGCUACAACUGGACCAUCAAGGCGACCAUCAGGGGCGACGUGCUCCAGGAGUACGGCAUCAUAUACAACGGAAACUACUACGGCAUAUCCGAACAUCCGGGAUACCGGCAGAACGACGAGGAGCUGCCCAACGAGGACGACGAGGAAGCGCUGGACGACGACGACGACGCCGGAGCUGACGGCACGUCUGCGGCUCCUGCGGGGGCGGCCGGCGGUGGAGGAGCCGGCAGAGAAGACCGAGCUCAGCACAGACGUCGAGCCGACGAAGAGGUUAACAUUUAAACAGUUUAUUAUUAAAUCACACGUUGUUACACGCACACCCACACCCACACACACACAGACACACACACAAACACACACGAACGUGGGCGACAUUUGGCGACCAAAUCAAACUGUAAAGGGUGCAGAAAUACAAUAUUUUAAAUGAACGAAUGCGAGUUAAUUAAACUGCCAUUGAUAAAAAAAAAUUACUUUGGAAAUUUGAAUGGUAAAAAGGUAGCCAACUGCUGACAGUUUCAUUUGCCACCUCGUGCCUUUUUUUUCUAGUGGUGGCAAAGGUAUCUAUUUCUCACCUUUGAAUAAUACCUUGUAUGGGGUCCAUUGCACCCCCAUACACAUCCUCCUAAAUGUCGUCUAUACACACACACACACACACACACACACACA